UGUGUGUGCGUGUGUGUAAUAAUGUGCACUUUUUAAACUGAAAAAAGGGUAAAAAAGAGUCAGCCAAGCAUUGUAGUGCAAGGUUGUUAAGACAGAUACAGUGUAAGUGAGCACGUAAAGGGAAAAUGACUGCACAGCUCUUCUGGUUGAAGCACUGACGCAGUUCUGUACCCGCCCAGUGAACUGGAAAGUUAACUGUUACUUUUGGUUUGUAUGUACAGCUGCAGCAGCGCUGGAUGGAGGAGAGCUUACAGCUCAGCAUGUCAGUUUCAGGGCAGCAUAGUUCUGCUAAAAGCAAGCCAAACUUCUUUCCAAAGACUCUUCUGGUGCCUCUUAUUCUGUUUUUCAUUUUCAUCUUUUUCUACUUACAAAACAAUGAAUAUAUUACUAAGCCUUCUACAGUAUAUCCUUACAGGACUAGAACAGAAAAGGAGAAUGCUUAUCAAGAACAAAAGCAACCUGAUUCUUCUCUUGGAACUACAAGUGCCACACCAAGUGCUAAACCACACCUAACGGCAUGUGGUGUGCCGGUGCAGAAUGGUCCCAUGAUUAAAGUUGCUCACCACAAAGCCUACGUGAUCGGUUCCUAUGUGGAGCACCGUUUAAUCAGUAAAACGAUACAAACAGUUGCUAUAGUGUUUCGUAGUGAAGAAGUGCAAUACUACUGCUUAUUAUGUUGCGAUGGAAGGAACAUUUCUGCAGCUGCCAGCCUCGACAUUCACUCUGACCACUUUGGAUAUGACUAUGGCACGGCAGAUAUUACUUGUCAAGUCCCCACAACAUGCAAAACACCAGCGUUUGUGGCUAUUACUUCCCAAAUACAUGAAGGAAAUGGAUCUCUAUGGAAUAUACAAUCCUUCCAACCUGUUGGGAAUCAACAGCCCAGGACAGAAAACUUCCCUUAUGCUUUUACAGUAUGUAUAUCUGUAAUGUAUGAUUACAUGAAUGUGUUGGGGCUUGUGCAGGCCAUGGAGAUGUUCAAGCUGCUUGGUGUUCAGAAGGUAACCAUUUACAAGACCAGUUGUUACCCAGAAACGCAGAAGGUUUUGGAUUACUAUGUUAGGCAAGGCUUUGUGGACAUCAUCCCAUGGACCGUGUCAUCCUACAUCAAGGUGGCCAGAGGAUGGAAGAAGUCUGAUUCACCAGGAGAACUGCAUUACUUUGGGCAAAUUGCAGCUCUCAAUGACUGUGUGCAUCGCUACAUGUAUGAGAGUCAAUAUGUAGCUCUACAAGAUUUGGAUGAGCUAAUUCUUCCUUUGAAAGAAGAUAACUGGACAACACUCAUUCCUCAUCUGGAGGCGAUUUAUCAACAUCGUGCAGGAUUUGAGUUUGAGAAUAACAUAUUUCCCAUUUCCAUUCCCAGUGACUGGAGACCUGAGGAUACACCAGAUUUAUGGAAGAACGUUAUGGGAGUAAAUGUCUUACCGCAUGUAUACAGUUUACCCAAUGACCCAAAUAAGUUCAACAAUUUCAAAGUCAUCGUGAAUCCUCGGUUAGUGUUUAAAACUACAGUGCAUGGCCUUUUGGAUUCCAGGGGUGGUACUGUCAGGGUGGACCCCAAAAUCAGUCACAUGUACCACAUUAAAGAAUUUUCAACUCAAGGCUAUUCAGAGACUUCAUUGAUAAGGGAUAGACGCCUCUGGGACUUUGCAAACAAGCUGAUUCCUGCUGUAUCUAAAGUACUUAGACAAGCAUUGAAUAUUCACUGAAAUCAGCUGUAUGACUGUUGAUUGUUGACAGACUCUCUUAUCCAGAGCUAAUUACAAUUUAAUCAUGUUACAGAUGUAGCAAAAUGUAGCAUGAGUAGUCUUAUAGGCAUCACAUGGUGUGCAAGCCAGGCAGGAAAUGAAUCUUCUGCCCAGGGUCAGCACUAGGCCAUAGUUUUAGUGAGGCUGUUAAGGAUUAUUUAAUUUUCCCUUUUCGGGGAUAUUCCCAGAAGAAUUGACAUCUGCAUGACUGCGCAUGUUUUAAAGGAGUGGCCAAGGUGGCCAGGGCCUCUCUUGAAAUCCAACUGGCCAAAUCUUCUGCCACACCUUACACCUCACUCUCUCCACAACCACUGCCUCUCUGCACCCCCCAGCACACCACAACCCCCAAACCCUCCAACCACCACCCCUCCCCACUCACACUUUCCCAUUGCAAGUAUGUCUCUUCUGAGAUGGCAAUCGGUGCUAAAACUGUUCAAACUCACGCUGCACGGGCACAACUCCAGUCCACCUGCCCUCCUCCCCUUGGGUCGCACUCUCAUACUGCCAACCCAAUUAACCUCUGAGCAACCCCUUUGCCACCCUAGUAAAAUUUACCACCACCAGCAUAGUCUCACAAGUCAGAUUUCUGAGCUCUUUAUCACUAAAUGUGACCUUGAGCCACCUCUAUUGACCUUUGACUUAAGUGUUAAAUGAACUGUCUAAGCCUGCUGUUUAUUUUCUUUGUUUUUUUUUUGUUUGUGCAUAUAACUUUUUUGUCACAAUGCCAAGCUAUUCAAUGUUGCUGAAUAGAAUUUUGCUGUAAAAAAAACAUGAUAUCUAAAAAGUGACAGUUCUUUAUGCACUUGUUCUUAAAAGUGUUGGAAACACUCAGGGAGUUCAUAUUGUGAAGCAUUUGCAUUUCAUUGCAUUUCAUUGCCUUUAAAAAAAUACAACUGUUAUAUUGUUAUAAUGUGAAUUUGUUUGUACCUCAAUCUUUAUAUGUACUACUUAUUCCAGGUUUGUGUCCACAAUAGUGUUUACACCAUAUAUAUAUAUGUGGGGUAAAAAGCAAGUAGUUCUGAGCGACAGGUCAUUUCAAAUUAUGCCAAAAACUGAAAAACGUCAAAAAUGGAGAUACAGGGUUUUGUGCCAGCAACAGCGAUAUGUGUUUAUAUUUGUGUGCGUGUGUGUGCGUGUGUGUGUAUGUAUCUGUUGUCAGAAGAAAACCCUGUAUCUAGAGGAGUAGGAAAAAGCUACUUUAUUUUUAAUGUAAGUGAAAUGUACCCACAGUGUACAGGCCAGCAGGCAUUUUCAAAUUAUGUCAAAAAUUAAAAAGAACAAAAAUGAAUA